GUCCACCGUCUCAUCUUUGGAAUGGCUUCAGAUCCCUGGUGGACGGCCACUACAUAGUACCAUGAGAAGAAUAUAUAAAAGACUGACCAGCCUCCCUUGCCAUCCUCAUCAUCAACCUCAACCAACCAUCACACAAAGACUAGCAUCAAUCGUCUACCAUUAAUCUUCAACCUUCAAAAUGAAGUUCUCCAUCGUUGCUCUCGCCGGCCUCGCCAGCGCUGUCUCCGCUGCCACUCUCCCCGCGCGCUUCUCCCUCGUCACCGACAACAAUGCCCCCGUUCUCACUGACGGCCAAUACGCCUACAUCGGCAACGACACCUCCAAAUCCACCCAGAAGCUCAUCCUAACAUCCGGCACCAACGGCGCCCUCACCUACCUCGCCAAGAACGCCGUCCCGAUGGCCUGGCAAAACCUGUAUAUCAUCGAAGACAGCGUCUCGCCCAUAUCCUUCACCAUCCCGCACUCCGGAGCCGUUCCCAAAAAUGCCAACACCACGGGCUUCGGCGUGAAUGAGCAGGGUCUUCUCACUCAUGGUGGCAAGGCUUGGUUUGCGAUUGAUGGCUAUGGGGAUGUGCCCGCUAAGGAGGUGUAUUGGUAUGGGGCGCAUAAUUCGGAGUAUAUGGCUGCCAAUUUGAAGGUGGUGGAUUGUGAGACGGCUCAGUGUUAGAUGGAUGAUUGGGGUGUAUUAGGG